CAGUGCACAGCCAGCCACAGAGGGGGCGGAGCGUGCUGCGAAUAAGACGACCGUGACGUGCUGGGCCGAAACGGAACGACCGACCGACGGGAUCAUGAAGCCCGCUGUGGACGAGAUGUUCCCCGAGGGAGCUGGGCCCUACGUAGACCUGGAUGAGGCGGGGGGCAGCACGGGCCUGCUGAUGGACCUGGCAGCCAAUGAGAAGGCCGUCCAUGCAGAUUUCUUUAAUG